AGUCCAAAAUUCCGAGAAUCUUGAUGAUAAUGAUCUCCAAAAGCGUAACAUUAGAUCAUGUGGCACUGUUCCCUUGGUUGCACAUGGAUCCUGCAAGGUUGCACAGAGAAAGGCCUUCUACACUUGUAAAAAAGGAUAUGCAGUACUAGGAGAAGACUCUAUCUACUGUGAUUCACAUGGUCGAUGGAGCCAAGCACCACUAUGUCUGCCAACACCAAGGUUCUUCGCAGGACCAAGGGGUGAACCAGGCGAUCUUGGUUCUAUGGGAGCUAAAGGUGAACCAGGUGAUGCUGGAGCUAUGGGACAAAUGGGCUCUGCUGGUAUGCCUGGAAGGAAUGGCGUAAGAGGUGGGAAAGGGACCAACGGUAGCCCAGGAGCAGUCGGAUCUGCAGGCAGUGCUGGACUGCCAGGGCCAGGAGGAGCAAAUGGCAGGAAUGGUAUCAAUGGUGCAAAAGGUGCUGAUGGUGAUCCUGGUGCAACUGGAGCAAAUGGUCCUCAAGGCAGCCAAGGAGAACCAGGAUACAAGGGAGAGCGAGGAGAUCCUGGGGCACCAGGUGUUCCAGGGACCUCCAUUGCAUGGAGAAGGUCUGCAUUCUGUGUCAAACUUGGCACUGGCAGUGUUAUUUGUGACCAACCGAUUGCCUUCCAGGAAAUUCUGUAUAAUGAAGAUGGUGACUAUAACAUUCAGUCCAGUACAUUUGUUUGUCGCAUUGCAGGUGUCUAUGCAUUCCACGCUUAUUUUGAAGUGAAUACUAGAAAUGCACACACUGCAAUAAUAGUAAAUGGGCGACGUGUUUACUCUAAUUUCCAGUCAUAUUCUUCAUAUCCUGAAAUGUCAACACUUGGUACAAUUGUAAGACUGAAAGUAGGUGACAAAGUUUGGGUACAACCUGUUGAUUCAGAUACUGGCGUUUGCCGUAACAGUUAUUUCAUGGGAUACUUGAUUUACGAGUGCAAGUAGAAAUCCAAUAUUUGACUACAUAACUUCAUAUUUCACGUGUAUCUAAUUCCAAUUUCGAUCUUAACUACCACCUAAAUUUGACAUUUUCACUGAUCCAUGUCUUAUGUUGUCAUGUCACACCCAUGAAACAAUCUCAAAACAACAAAAUGUGCUAACUCAAUUUCAUAGAUGCAUGAGUCUGAAAUACCUUACUAUUUUUGGGCUGGGGGUCAUUUUGUUCUUGUCUGCAUGCAAAGAAGACCUAAUUUUGCUUCAAGGCUGCCCUGUGUCUUACACAGACCACUGAUAAAUCGGCCCCAGCCUUAUUGCAGGAAAAUUCACACCUCAGAGCCUAAGCUUAGAUCAGCAAUUUCAUCUGUACACUAUAAAACCAUACAGUGCAAGCUGGCAGGUCAGAAACCAAAAUUACCCCUUCAAAAAAUAAGAUUGCAUUUGGUUAUUUUAAAACAUUCAUCACUGAAUUAAUCAAGAAAUCAUAAUUACAGUGAAAGCAAUUGGGAAAGCAAUAAAUAAGAUAAUAUUGUGCCUUUCGGCAGUGAUUUUGAUUGGAGCAAUUUAGAUGUGUCCCAUCAUGAAAUGUGCAUGGAAAGAAAAUCAGCAGCAGAUAACUUAAGAUGAUCUGAGACCUUAAUGUUGAUAAUGAUGCAAUAGUCAGUUAUUGUACCUGAUAUAAUUGAAUAUUCUGUUACCACUGAACUUGGCCAUAACAAUACAUUAUCAAACAUUCUGAGCAAAUAAUGAAUCUGAUAGACACCUGCAUUUAUUCAGAAUGUGAACUAUAUUGCAUUUGGUACUCAGUAUAUCCAUGUAUUUUCUCAAAUGAGCUGUAAUUGUAACUGGCAGAGGUUGUCUUAAACCAAGUUACACUUCUCAGCCUAUGUAAACCUGGUUAUUAGUUGGACAGAACCUAGUUGAAGAUUGGCAAAUAUGUUGUCAAUAUUUAACAGAAUGUACCAUCUAAAUCAAUGUCUAGAGUGGGCAUGGGGUUCUGACCAUCUUUGACUGGGAGUCGGAUAUCUGAAAGUUGCUGCUUAUCACUACUGGCACCAAACCCUGGAGAAAGACAAAAUACUGAAGAGAGUGUCUCUGCGUAGCAUUAAUUUCUGUCUGGAUUUAUCUGAAAUUGGAUUUCUUUUAUUGUUCUUUCAGAAUUCACUCCUCUAUGAAAUCUUAAUUGUAUGGAUAUUUUCAAAGAUACACAAUAAAAUAAAUCCUGCUUUCACAUGCA